AUGACAUCGAAUUCGGAAUGCGUCAAGUCGCCGUUAAGAGCAUCCUACCCGUUUUUCUACAAUGAAGACCUUCGUUUACGUGAGCGUUAUGUCGAAUUCAGCCAGGAUGGCCUUUUACGAGAAAUUGAAAGGCACCUUGGCCCAAGCCACGGACAUCCCAUUCACAUUACCAAGAUUGCGGAAGGCGGUUUCAACCGGGUUUUCCUUUCGACGAUGGAGGAUGGAUUGGAGGUUAUUGUCAAGAUUCCGUAUCCUAUCACGGGGCCGAAACAUUAUGCCACCGCUAGCGAAGCUGCCAGCAUGCAAUACCUCCGUUCUAAGGGUAUCCCUGUUCCUAAAAUGUAUGGAUAUUCCUCCUCAGACACCAAUCCCGCCCGUGUGGAAUACAUCAUCAUGGAAAAAGCUUCAGGCGUCGGCCUGGAGACUAGAUGGCUGAGUAUGAGCAAGCGUGAACAGCAUAAACUGGCAUCCAGUUUUGUUGAAAUCGAGAAGAAAUUAUUUGAUCUUCCUUUCCGGUCUAUUGGGAGCAUUUAUUUCAAAAAAGAUGCCCCAGUUGAACUUCAAGCUGCGCUAUAUAUAGCGAGCGCUGAAAAAUGCGAAGACUCGGAGAUAUUUUGCAUUGGUCCAACUGCGGAUUACAUGUUUUGGCAUGGAAGAAGGGCCGGUCUGAAUCUCCGCCGUGGUCCAUGGAACGACCCCAAAGAUUAUCUUUUAUCUGUCGCACAGAAGGAAAUUGAAUGGACUCAGCGUUCACUUAAUCGGCCCACUCUCCGCCACCCAGAUUUGAACCCAAAUAACAUCUUUGUCUCCCCCGAUUCUGGCGCCAUCUCGUGUAUCAUUGACUGGCAACAUACGACAAUUGAGCCGCGCUUGCUGGUUGCAGGCUACCCCCGUACAUUCGAGAACCCAGAUGCAGAAGAAACCCCUCAUCUUGAAGAACCAUCACUUCCACCGGAAUACGAAACGCUUCCGGCUGACAAAAAGGUCGAAGCUGAUGAACUCCAGCGACGCCGUCUCAUCUCUUAUUACUAUCGUAUCUUUAAUGGUCACCUGAACAAGGCGCACCUCGAAGCUCUUCGUGAUCCCAUCCUUCUUCCUCGCCAGCAUCUUGUUGAUAGGGCCGGCAGGCAAUGGAGUGGAAACUUGAUGACAUUGAAAGGGGCAUUAGUCCGCAUGGCUGAUUACUGGCCCCACCUGUCUGAUAUAGAGGGAAUACCUUGUCCUGUGCGAUUCACCGAUGCGGAGCUGGAUGGCUUCUAUGAACAGGAGAAACUAUGGUUUAAUAUCAACAAAGUUGUGGAUCACUGGCGGGAGCAGAUAGGAGUAACAAGUGAAGAUGGCUGGGUCAGCAAUGAGCAUUUCGAAGAGGCUGUUCGGAAGUCUGCCGAGCUUGAGAGUUCUCUCAUAGCUAUUGCGGAGGGUGACAAAGAAGACAUUGAUCUCCUGAGGAAGGGGUGGCCAUUUAGAGAUCGUGACGAGAUCAAUUGA